UUUUUUUUUAGUUAAGAACUACCUUGUUUUUGUGGGGAUAUUUAUGCAUUUUGAUGCUCUUGUUUGAAUUGCUGAUAUACUAGUAUACUACUCUAUUUGUUCCUUCUAUUUCAUUUUUUAUUACUUUGGAUUCCAAAAAUGGUGCAUGCAAAAAUGGGAUUUUUAUCUUUUGCUUACCCCAAAAAAGGAAAUUUUCAAGUUAAUAACUACUUUGUUUUUGUGUGGGAUUUUAUUGACUGGUAUUGUUCUCCGUUUACAUGCUGAAUUGCUUAUUAUAUUUUCCUUCAGUAUCCAUUAUUUUUGUUCUUUAAGGUAAUGGUAUAGGAGUACUACUUUGCUUGUUCCCUCUGUUUCAUUUUUUAUUUCUUUGGAUCCCAAAAAUGGCAUUUGUUUGUUGUGAUUCCAUUUUGUAAGACGUUAAUGUUUCCAUUUUUUCUUGGUGCUUCUAUUUUAUUCUAUGUGUUGACACAAAAGAAACAGCUUCUUCAUCUUUUAGUUAGUGCUUUCGUAAAUCUUGCAGUAGUUAAACUCUCACUUGGUUGGGUUUCUCAAUUCCCAAAGACCAAAUAGAUCCUUGAUGUUCUGUUCUGAAUUUUGAACAAGGGUUGCUAUGUGUUUAAGGCAUGACAAACAAAGGACCUAGAAGCAUGUGUAAUGUAUAAUAUCCAAGUUUAAGUAUUGUGAAGUUAUGAGUCAGCGUUUGGACAUAAGUUGAGUGACAUUGGAGUAGUUAUUUUCUAACAUCACUUAAACAAUGAAUGAUAUUGAAAAAUGAGUUUAAGUUGGUGUUCAGAGUAAUAUUUGAAGUUAAGUUCAAAAUUGCUAUUGGAAGUUGAAGUUAUAUUUGGACAUGCAUUUCAUUUGAAAAAGAGUUGAAGUUUUGUGAGGAGGAAAAUAUUUUCAAAUCAUUUUAAUGUGUAAGCAAACAGUGUUUUAAAAUAAUUUUAGAAAAAAGGAGAAUCGAAUCAUGUCCAAACGGGACCUAAGUGUUUUAUUCCUGAUAUUACAAGCUAUAGCAGGGGUAAAUGAGGUGAAAGUAAGCAGAUCCAUUGUGUCAGUGUCAAUUCAGUCUAUUAAGUCACAAAGGAAAACUAUAAGAAGUAAGCUGGACGGAAAUAAAGGUCAGAAAAUCUCAUUUUUGAGCUGUUAGUUGCAGGUCAUAUUAUCAUGCAUAAGCUGUAGAUACUCCUGGCUGUUUCAGUUCUUGAACAAGGCCAUUCUAUGAAUCCCAAGGAAUUGAGUUUUCGUUUUCAAGAUCAGGAUUCCUCAUCUACUCAGUCAACGAGUCAAUCAUGUCCUGAAGUUGCUAGUGAAGGAGAAAGAAAAAUCCACGGGAAAAGCAAUAUGCCUUUGCAAGCAGGCAGUCUAAGAAGUAGUGGGAAGUCCGAUGAUUCCCAAAGUGUGUCAAGUCAGGAGCAUGGUUGGACUUACAAUACGUAUCAGAAAAAUUUUGCUUUUGUACCUUUUCCUCAUACGGAUCCUUACCAUGACGGUCUAGUUGCUGCUUAUGGAAAUCAAACCAUGGUUCAAUCCCAAAUGUUAGGCACGGUAUCUCCUCGCGUGCCACUUCCACUUGACGUUCAGCAGGAUGAACCCAUAUUUGUCAAUGCAAAGCAGUAUCAGGCUAUCCUCAGGCGUAGACAGUACCGUGCUAAGCUGGAGGCUCAAAACAAACUCUCUAAAGGCCGGAAGCCAUAUCUCCAUGAGUCCCGGCAUCGUCAUGCAUUGAAUAGGGCUCGAGGACCCGGUGGACGAUUCGUCAAUAUGAAGAAGCCCCGAGAAUCCAAAUCCCCUGAUUUGAUCAAUGGUCAAGACGUUCAGGUACCUAAUGAGCUGCAGCUCAACACAAAUAUGUUGGCACCCGAUGUUCAUCAAUCCGAAAGCUAUAAGGGAAGCUACUCCACACCCGGUUGCUCUGGCAUCACAAGUGGCUUGAACACUUACGUUAUCUACCAUCAGCAACCAUAUCCCUCAGUCCUCCAGUAGGGAUAGGGUCGAAGAGAAGAAAGAUCACAUCAGCAAUCCAUGUUUAUCGUCCUUUUGAAGAAAGGAUUACUAUCAGAAGUGGGAAUUCAUCCUUGGCUAUGUUUAAAGUGAACUAGAUCAAACGGAAUCUUGUGUAGUACAUUAUUGCUAACUAAAUAGUUGGUCCAUAACCUGAGAAUUGAGAUGGUUGUUUUCUGUGUACUGCUCUAAAUACCUAACUGUAAAGAGUCUUAUUUAGUUAAUAGUUGCUGGUAUUAUUCGACCA